AUGGAUUAUUGGAGGAGAGCGGCUGGAAAAUCACGGUUGGACAGAGUGAGGAAUGAGAGUAUCCUGGAUAUCAUGAAGGUAGAUCAUAGGGUGACGGACGACAUCAAGGAGAAACCACUGAGGUGGUACGGGCACGUGCAGAGAAUGGGCGACGAGAGACUUCCGAAACAGGUGCUGCAUUGGAUGCCCCAUGGAAGGAGAAGAAGAGGGAGACCUAGAUUGAGCUGGAGAGAGGGAAUAACAGGCGAGAUGAGAGCGAGGGGAAUGGAAGAGAACUUAUGGGAGGACCGAGAGAGAUGGAGGCUGGAAAUCAGAAGACGUCGAAGAACGUUGUGA